AUGUCAGCGGACGUAGCACCAGCACCACCAAUGUCAGGACUUUCUUUUAACACGCAUUCAAAAGAUCUUUUCCGUUUAGCUACCAUCGUUUAUCAAAAACAGAAAGAGGUAUCACCAACCUAUGUGGCCGAUAUACUCAACAAGGCAACAAAGGGACAACUUUAUCUUAUUUCCUUAUCUCCAAAUGUAGAGGAAUUACCUUCUGAUGGAUAUCAAUAUUUAGAUCCGGAAAUAACGCUUAGAUCUACUUUAGGGAAUGGAAGGGAAUUACUUUGUAUGGAACGGAAACAAGGUUUUGCACAUGGAGAUCCAAUAACAAGUAAAGUACGACGUAGAUAUAGAUUUGCAAUUGGACAUCAUGAUCUCCAAUUACUACAUUAUUCAUCACUAGAUGAAAGUCAAAGACAGAGAGUGAAUUCGGUUAAUUCGGAUAGACAAAUGACGAAUACACCAUAUAAUGCACACAUAACACCGAGAAGGUAUCCAAUUCCAUCCAUGCAAAAUAUUGGUCCUUAUGCAAGACCAACUGGCAUGCCUCUUAUAAACUCAGUGCAAUCUCCUAUGCAUAUACCGGUUCAAUCGCCAUCAGUGCAAAGAUCUCCUAUGUCAGUCGCACCUAUGAUGGGUGUCAAUUCAUAUCAAUUUCAGAAUCGCACUGGUGGAGGGAUUAAUCAACGGUUAAACCAACAACAAUUACAACAAUCUAUUUCGACAACUCCCACGAAACAGGCAGGUAGACGAACCAAAGGGGGAAGUAAGGAUGAACUUGAUCAACUGAAACUCAAAGAUGUUUCCAUGUCAAGAUUUAAAAGAAAUCACGAAUAUAUUGCGGAAAUAUUUUCGGCAUAUAAUAUUAAUUCCAUAUUACCACCCGAAUCACCUUAUAAAUCUAAGGAUAUCGAAAAAUUAAAAGAAGAAUUGGCUGAAAAUGAAAAAGAGAUUAAUAGGAUGAAACAAGAACAUACAGAAAAAAUGAAAAGGUUUAAUUUAGAAUCUAAUUUGCUAACCAAAGAAAUGGGAGAAGGAGGAUUAGAUAUAGAUGAUCAAACAUUAGAUGGUGUUCAUGAAGGAGAAGGGUUAGUGGGAAUUGGACAAGAAAUUUCAAAUUUUGAUAUUGAAAAUUCAUUGGUAACAGGAGCAGAUAUGAAUGGCAACAUUGACAAUGAUUUACAGGGAUAUUUAAAUCCAGUUGAUGUAAUUUUGACUCGAGAUCCAAAUUUUGUUGGUAGUUCAUCGUUUACAAAUGAUAAUAUUCUUUCCAAUGACCCGACAACUUACAUUGGUGAUCCUACACUUAGUGUAGUGAAUGUGAAUGCGAAUGCAUAUACAGGGGAAUCAUCAGAAAUUGUAUUUGAAGAUUUCAUAAGCACCGAAGAUGAAAUUUAUAAUUUUUGUUCUGUAUGGCCUAAGAUUUAUUUUUGA